AUGCGAGCUGGCGAAGGUUCAGGCUCUCAUUCCCUCCCAUGUAUCUUAUCCUCAAAUAUUGACCACAACAUUCUCGGUCGGAUGCCCCGGACGCAUAAAUCAAAGUGUACUCAGUCCAAGCGCCCCACACCUAUUACCCAGUUCAAACACCCUGAUCGUGAUCAUGUAGCACGUGGUUGGGGUCCGCACCGUUACACGAGCAUCACAAUUAAUGGAAUUGAAGGAGCACCAGUAGGGAUCCGCACGGGUAUACCCUGGGGUGUCGGGGACCUGACCCGCACCCGCACCCGGCAAAAACCCAUACCCGCUCUGACGGGUACGGGUUUUCGGCGGGUACAACAAGCUCAGACCCGUACCCGCACUCGUGCAGGGUUUACCCGCGGGUACCAUAGCACAUAUGUCCAGCACAUGUCAGCGAAUGCUGACAUGACUCGAACAUAUGUGGAUGGCACAAGAAGGAGGAGUGGAGGCACGGUCGAGGAUGGUGGUGUCGGCAUCGUGGAUGGUGGCAUUGGCGUCGUGGAUGGUGGCAUUGGCGUGAAAGCUGGUGCAUCAGGCAUCUGA